AUGAAGAUGAAACUGCCAACUUUUUUGAGUGGGAUUGAACCAUUGAAAGCGGAACCAUGGUUUCUUGAGAUGGAAAAGUUGUUUGAAGUUUUUCCCUGUACCGAGACUCAAAAGGUUUUAUUGGCCACCUAUACUCUUAAAGACGAAGCUUGGAGGUGGUGGUUACUGAUUCGGAAUACCAAUGAAAACAUGACAUGGGCUCGAUUCAAUGAAAUCUUUUAUGAAAAGUACUUCCCUCAUUAUUUUUUGGACCGAAAAAUGUCUGAAUUCCAAGAACUUAAGCAAGGUAGAAUAUCUGUAGCUGAGUACAAGGCUAAGUUCAUUGAGUUAGCCAGAUUUUCUCCUCACAUGGUAGACACGGACUAUAAGAAAGCCCACAAAUUUGAAGGAGGAUUGGACUUACAUAUAUGUGAUCGAGUAGGCAUAUUGAAGUUGCCAACAUACGUACAAGUCCUUGAUAGAUCCUUAAUGGCGGAAGCCACCCUAGCCGCUAUGAGACAAAGUAAGGCCCCAGAAACAACAACAACUGAAUGGAGAGGAAAAAGGUCUAGGUAUGGUUUUAGAAAGAGCGUCUACAAGCACCUCAAGUCAAAGCAGUGGGUCUAUUCCAGUUUGCCCUGA